AGACCCGCAUCUUUGCACUAUAUUUCACUCUGAACGCCCAUAACAUCCAAGGCUCGGAGGUCGACAAUACUUUCCACGAGACUGUCCAGACCAUCACGUUUGAUCCUGUCACGAUGAAUCUACCUUGAGCAUACAAGUUGUCUCUCUUCGAACUUUUACUCGGUCGUCUGCCACUCCGCCAUUCCACUUGCGCGCGUCGCCAGAGACAUUUCUACAAUAUUGAUAUUGACCACCACCUCGUGUCAAGAUGGCGACGUCCGGCGAUGCAAAGGCCUUCAAACAGGACUUGGUCGUUUCGAUACGAUAUCGGAAUGACCUCCCUCCCCCGCCGAUGGCCCCAAAGCUUCUCGACAUCGACACUGGUGGUCUCGCACAAUACCUGACAACGGGAUAUGCCUCCGCCCUUGCAAAACGAGAAGAACCAAACAUUGAGGUGGACGCAGAAGGAGGCAUGCCUAUAGACAUGGUCGGUGUACCAGGUUACUUCCUGGGCGACGAAAGUGCGAUCAUGGCUCCAGAGAUACAACCAGUCCUUGAUCCUGCGGACCACGCACUCAUGCUAUCCUACGAUCAGCUCAAGAGUCAAGGUGCAAAGAACAACGUUUCCUUCCUUCGAAAAACACAAUACAUGACCGCCUCACAAAUGGCACGAGCCAAUGAUCCCUUGAUGCGAUCGACCGCUCGAGCACGAAAACCCGAGACCAAACCAGUUCCACCGCCGGUGGUUCGCGACGAUCCAGAGAACAUUAAACGACACAUCCAGAAAGGCUUCGACCUCGCCUACCCAGAUAGCAUACCCUAUAACCCGCCUGAAGCCAAGGCGAACCCGAUAACUGCGCAAGAGCGUGAAGCGUGGAAUAAUCCGGUCCACCCUGACAACCCGCGUCUCAAACCCGUCGAAUACUACCCUAUCCUACCCGACCUCGACGCGACCACGGAUCUGGCGAGCAACUGGUGGGCUUUGAAGUUCGAAAAACCGCCGUUGCCACCUGUUCGUGGCCGGCGCGACGACCGCAUCGACCUUGGUCUGCUGAUGAGUACCGAGAACACGGCAGAGAUCGCCAAAUGGCGUGCCAAAAAGAAGGCCUUUGACGAACAUCCCGAGCUGUACGAGGACCCCGGUCAAGAGCCGUACAUGUGGUCACUCAACAUCCCCAAACAGCCAGACUCUACUUCGCGCCUGCGCAAGAUUUUCGACGACAGCAACCCUGCCAAGGAUGAUCCCAGCUUGUACGCUCCUCUCCUCGAAGAGUCUGCCGACGGUUCGCAGCGCCUUCCCUUUGAGCGGGUGCGCGUGUACACUUCUGCGACGCAAAACACGGUGGAUCCCCGACGCAUCAUGGCCGUUUCGCUCAUCAGCCAGGACAAACUGCAGCCCGACUCGAGGCUUCACAAACAGGGCAACGCGGCGUACUACUACCCCAUCAUCGAGCGCGUGAGGAUGAAGGCCGACAGGGCGAAUCUGAACAAGGCGACCCGAAUGCACGACGAAGACGACGAAGAACUGCCCGUCCCCGACCAGCUGAUGGUCAUGUUCGGCGAGCCCGGGCCCGCCGAGAAGGUGAGCCGGUAUCAGUUCCGCGGCGACUACGACGACGCCUUUGCGGACGAGUAUGCUGAGAUUCUGCGUGCCGGAGAAGCCGCCGCAGAGGCCGCGCGCGCAGAUGAAAUCCUCGAGGAGCAAGGAGAGCUCCACGCGGGUGCACAGGAUGUCAGCAUGGCCGAGGUGCAGGACGCAGAGGAUAUGGAGGUUAGCACUUCGAACGGUAUUCGACACAGGGACAGGGACGAUGACAGGAAUACGCCGCCGCCGCCGGUGAACGGGCGCAGGGAUGCCGUUGCCGACGAGGAUGAGGACGACGACGAGGACGCAAUGCACGAUGACUAGUCGUGAUUCGUUCGAGUACUCGUAUCAACAGCUUUCACUUGCCAUGACGAGCAUCGGAACUUUGGCGCUGAGUGGGAGACACACAAGCUGGACGGGUGGCCGCAUGGCAUGGCAUGACUUUGGCGUUUUGCAACAGUGGUCACAAAACUACCUAGGUAUAAGAGAACAGUUCUUGGACUGAAAAUAUCAUCUAUCUCUAACGUU